AUGAAAUCUAAUCUAGAUAAGGGAUUGAAGAUCUCCUGAGUGAUAAUAGAUUGUACUAGUAGUUGAAGUUGUGACAUCGGUCAGUGAAAAACAUGAACGCCUCGUCUCGAGAAGGGACUAGAGUGUAAUGAUCACGUCCCAAGAAGGGACUAGAAUGUACGAGUACGUAAUGUAGAAGAGCAACUAUGGAGCGAGAAUGACUCCUGAGUUCCAGCUUCGACGACCUUGUGCCUAACAAGAACUUCUUUAGCGAUAAACGUCCACUGCCAUCAGGAUGUCGUUGGGUCCUACAAAGCGAUCAUUCGUGGACGUGGUGGGACUUCCUCGUCGCCACCUAAAGGGGAACCCUUUCAGGAGAAGCAGAUGGCCUUCACGACUAGCGUUACACUGGAGGCGGAGCUGGUGGAAAUCAUCGCUCCUACUAUCGUCGAAAAUACCAGCAUGCUUCGCGUUGCUCUUCCUUCUUCUAGGCGUUCUUCAGUAUCACCUUCAUCUUGAAGUAGAUCUUGAAGAUCGUCUACAUCUAGAUCGACCUGAAGAGAACAAUGUAUGAUGCGACUCAUUGAGAACCUAAGUUAUAUGGGAAUAAUUCCGUUCCACCUGAAUACGAAGGGCCGACACGAGGGGAACGACAUUCCCUUAUCGACGUUCCCAAUGAGUGGAGGCAUUCAAACAAGAACUACAGCACUUUCUACGUGGCUGCCCAAUUACAGCAACCUCCUGGUGGCUUGGAUCCGCAGGUAUGUCAACAUGUGGGCAGAUGCAGGUUCGCCAACGAGAUAUUGCCGGCUCUGCAACAAGCGGACGAGCAGCUCUUCCGUGAGCAGAAGCCUGAAAGCGUGCAGGCAGCUUUGAGUUCGCUGUUGCAGAUAGCGGACGGGUAUUUCAAUUACGGUUUACCACAUAAGUACAUAUUCAUUGCACUCUUCAGCAGAACAUGAUCCUUGAUGAUUGCACGCUUCAGUACAACUAAGAACAUCCUUCUUGACGUUCUUUUAGUAAGAAAGGAAAAUAGGUGAUGAAGGAUCGAUGUUCUCAAGAGAAGCUUCAGCCUUUAAUUUGAGGAACCUGGAGAUGCUCUGGAUUGCAGGGCUGGGGGCGCCGUUGUCUUCUACCGAUUAGCGGAGAUAUAUCGCCAUAGUGUAGGCGCACCUCAAAGAGCGCACAACCUCUACCAGCUCGCGAUGAGCAUGUUUAUGGCUUUUGUGUUUUGUGGUUUUUAUUUUGGAACCGUUUGUAUACGGACCGACGGUACUUGUGCUUGUCGUAAAUAUCUUUUUGUUUCUAUGUAAGAAGCUUUAAGUAGUUGGAGCAGUAGAAGUACUUCACAACUUUAUUGCGUAGGUAGCCCUUGCUUCAUAUCAAAAAAGAGAAAGAGUAGAAUGUUGAAGUGCUUGAAGCUGUGUGUUAUCUAGUAUAUGACGCUUUUGGGUGAUCUUCUAAGGUAUUUUGGGAUAUGAGCAGAGAGCCAGGUGGUUUAGAAUGUCUCGAAGGAGGACAAGUGUGGGGCCUCGAUUUCAAUGCCUUCAUGGAUGCAUAUCUGACUUUAGCGAGAGACGUACAUCGCCAUCUGCCAGAAGGACUGCCACCGUUAAGAGGUCAUAUUGUACUUGAUUGCAAAUGAAUUUCCAAUUUCAAUGAAUUGUGUGGGUGGAAUUGGAAAUACAAAGAAGUACCUAGUAUAAGUAAAACUAGGCAGAAUUUUUUUUGAAGAUAUCAACACUGUUGAAGAUAUGGGGUGGAGAAUAAAGGAGCGUGCACCAACGAGACCGACACGACGAGUCAUCGUUGCAGAACGAUCGUCUAAUCCCUGCGCAUGUUUAUAAAGGCGAACAAGGAUCAUCCAUUAAGGCAGCUUGAUGACAUCAUCCUUGAGUCUUGAGCUCGUUUCCCUACGGUAAAAGGAUCCUUUUCUUUUCCUGCAUUGUGAUCAACGUGCUGAAAAGAACCAAGGCCCCAUGUGAAGAACAAAAACAAGGACGAAAAACAGGCCAAGAGGAAAGAUGCUCUUGUUCCCAAGAGAAGAAUGAGGAUGCACAUCCAUCACAUCAAGUAAGUUGUUCUAAUUCUAGCAGCAAGAAGCGGAAAAUAGCGAUAACAUCAGUGUGUGCUUAUAAAGAGGAGCACAUGUUUUACGAACUGUACGCUCUAGUGAAACAAAAUAGGGAUCGAUAUGCGGCGUUACAUGGCUACGAUUCUCACCUUUGGAACUCUACAUUCGAUGCGAAUCGCGCACCCGUCUGGUCAGCUGUGGGACUGCCGCUUUCGUUAGUGCAGCCAGAGUACAUUAUGAUCUAACCGGACCUUCAAUCUGAAAGCGAAGAUAUUAGAAACCCACCUAGUAACUUCUACAGUGUUGUACGAAGUGAUCAACAAGGAUAUGACAGGAUCAAUUAAACCGAGGGCUUACUACUUCUUCUAAUAUUUUGUAAUCCUACUUUUUCAACACGAACAAGCUAAUCUUCCUUUCCUUUCAAGCUUCUUGCUCUUUCAUUUUCAGUGGCACUCACUACGAUUGGGUAGUCGCGGCUGACUGCGACAUGAUGUUCAUCAAUAUGGACGUAAAAAUCGAAAAAAUAUUGGACGAAUAUGUCAACGAGGAGACAGAUCCAGCUGCAAAGUUAAGAAAAGAUGUAAACGAAAACUAUUCUCGGAGAACUCAUGAGCUUGAUAAUUUUUUUAAGUGCUUUGUUCGUGCUAGUAAUUCAAGUGCAACAAACAUAAUUAAAAUACCUCACAUACCCCACGAUUGGGUACACUACUACUACUACUAAGUGCUAUGUUACUGCUAGGACUAGAGUAAGUAGAUACUUUUGCCUGUUGUUUGGAAACGAAAUUUUCGUACAACUUCUUGGGAGGAGGAUGGUUGCGAGAACCACCUCUAAGAAAAGACGUUCACGUCCUCAUAACCGAGGACGGUCGUGGUCUGGCUGGCGGGAUCUUCUUGAUCCGAAACUCACCAGAAGGUAAAUAGAUAUGUCUUCUGCACUAAUACACAAACGGUUCAUUUGACAUACUCCUGGAACUGUUUUGUCCCGCUAAUUUAGGCUAGUAGUACUAAGUGGAACACUAGUAUGAUGAUGACCUUCUGCAGCGAUCUACAACAAGUCAAAAAAGCAGUACAUGAUCCUUCUCACCAGCGAGCCCCUAAGCAGUGCCGUAUGAAGAUUCUUAUUUUCAGCAUUGAUUGUUCCACUUCAUUUCUGCACUGUUCCACUACCACUUCAUUUCUGCCUCAUCGAUCUUCUUUUUCAGGUCGCGCAAUCAUUCAGUCCGUUUAUGGCGAGAGAAAUACGGUGUACGAUAGACACGAUCUCAAGGACCAAUGGAGCUUCCUCUGGCAUUUCAUCAGGCCAAAAGCGACUGGACUUAGACCACAGGAAUUAGCUGGUACUUGAUGCGUUGAGGACUUUUUCAGUGUUUCUACAUUAGCUGGUACUUGAUGCGUUGAGGACUUUUUUAGUGUUUCCUGAGUAGAAGCACAACUAGAAGAAGUAGAACUGGAACAGCUGGUAGAAGUAGUUUUUAAGGAAGCACAACUAGAUGAAGUAGAACUGGAACAGCUGGUAGAAGUAGUUUUUAUCAAUCUUCUUCAGAUCGCGAGGCUGCUGGCCUCACGCUCGGGCAGUCUCCGCGUACAUGGUCCAUGCUGGAGUAUCGGGAUAAUGUGA